GAUAAGGGAUUUUCGUCCAGCCGUCGUGCAUAGGCUGUGGUCAAUUUUUUAAUUUUUUAUUCCGUUUAUUUGAGGUUAGCCCCGUUCAAAAGUUGCGCGGCUCGUGAACGUAACGUAGUCCAUUGCUCACGUCAACCUGUGCCUGUUCAAUUCGUUCUGUUCGCGUGUCUAGCCGUUCCCUGCUCUUGUAUCCCGUCGUCACUGUUCGCCACCCAACGACGCAAUGGCUUUACCGAAAAAAAGGAAACAGUCCAAACGUUUGAAAUGCAGGACCAAGUACAAGGUGGCCAAGAAAGUCAGAGAACACAAUCGGAAACUUAGAAGAGAUGCGAAGAAAAAUCCGAAAAAGAAGUCAAAAAAUAGUAUGAUUAUUGCUCCAAACAUGUGUCCAUUCAAAGAAGAAAUAAUUGAGCAACUUAAUGAUGCAAAAAAAAAAGAACGAGAGAUACGAUUGGCAAAUUUUGCAGCAAAUGAAACAGAACCUGAAGAAGAAACUAAAAAGAGUAAAGGAAAUGAAAUGCCAUUUAGGAAAAAAUGGCUUUUAAAAGAAACUAGAGCAGAUAGAUUUCCAGAACAAACUUACAAAAAUAUAAUUUCUGUAAGUGAUGUUGUUUUAGAAGUUUUAGAUAUUCGUGAUCCAUUAGCAACACGUUCAAAAGAAAUCGCUGAGUGUCUAAAAGCAAAUCCAGAUAAGAAACAUAUUAUUUUAUUAAAUAAAAUUGAUCUAGUACCCAAAACAAUAAUAGCUGAUUGGGUACAGUAUUUCAGUAAAAUAGCACCAACUGUACCAUUUAGAUCUAGUCGUGAAGUGCGAAAUACACCUAAAACAAGUGCUAAAGAUCCUAAUUUCUUAUCACGAAUCAAAAAAAAAGUAGCCAAUAGAUGCUUUGGUGAAACUGUGGUAUUGAACUAUUUACAGACUUGUAUCGAAGCACCAAUUUUGGGCAUUACUGUUGGUGUUGUUGGUAUGCCCAAGGUAGGAAAAUCUUGUGUUGUUGAUACAUUUAAAUGGAAAUACACGAUUGAUGAUGAACCAGUUCCAUCAAAAAAAAAUCAGUCAAUCAGCGUUUUUCCAUUCAAUAAUUUAAAAAUUGAAUUAUUGCCUUGGGAAUGUACUGGAGCUAAUACUAUAUUGGAAAAGCCAAGUGAUAAUCGUUUACUUCUACGACAUGCAUUACAAGUAGAUCUUCAAAAUAUAGUUCCAACCAAAAUAUGUGCUUUAAUUUUACCAUAUAUAAAGAAAAAUCAGCUAAAAUUAUUGUAUGACUUGAAUGUGGAAAAUACUGAAGAUUAUACACAUAUCCUUGAAAUGAAAGCUAAGAGGCAUAGCUUAAUUAAUAAACAUGGAAAACCAGACCAAAUUAAUGCAGCUAAAUCAUUCAUGAAAGAUUUAAAAGAUGGUACAUUACUAUAUUACACAAGACCACCAAAUAAAGAUCCCUUAGGACAACCAAUAUCUUCUGAACAAGAAACCAUGUUUAAUAUUAAAGAUAUGUCAGCAAAAAUUAACAAAGGCUUAUCCCAUUGCAGGGAUCGAGCUAGGACACUUCAUUUUGAUAUGACCGAUUCGUAAUGAUAAUUGUUAAAACUAUUGCAUUUUUGUUAUUUUAUUAUCAAUAUUUUUAUAUAUUAAAAAUACAUAUAUUUUAAUAAAAUAA